AUGUCAAAAGAGCUGACGCCGGCACUCUUCAAAGACGCCGAGGAUAAGACCCAGGAGGCCAAAGGCAAGUUCUCUGAAAUCGCAGAAUGUUCAUAUUUAUCAAAGAGCCUUGGAAGUAUAGGCCUGAAAGAGCUCAUGGCAUGUGAUUGUACGGAAGACUGGGAUCAUGAAAAGGAGAUGAACAUGGCGUGUGGCGAAAACAGCCACUGUAUCAACAGAGUGACGUCGGUGGAAUGUACGAAUAAGCUGUGUUUUUGCGGCAAGGAUUGUCAGAAUCAACGAUUUCAGAAGAAACAGUACUGUGAAGUGAAGGUGAUCCAGACAGAGAAGAAAGGAUACGGAUUGGUCGCUGAACAGACGAUUUCUGAAGGUCUGUUUGUGUAUGAGUAUAUUGGAGAGGUUGUGGACGAGGAGACGUUCAGAAAGAGAAUGAUCGAUUACGAUACGAGGAAACUACGCCAUUUUUAUUUCAUGAUGCUUACGAAAGAUGCAUUUAUUGAUGCCACAGACAAGGGUUCUUUGGCCAGGUUCUGCAACCACUCUUGUUCUCCAAAUGCGUAUGUGGAUAAGUGGGUUGUGGGCGAUAAGUUGAGAAUGGGUAUUUUCGCUAAGCGUGAAAUCUUGGACGGCGAGGAGAUCACUUUUGAUUAUAACGUUGAUCGUUAUGGUGCUCAGCUGCAGCCUUGUUAUUGUGGUGCUCCCAACUGUCUCGGCUGGAUGGGUGGAAAGACCCAGACCGAUGCUGCUCUAUUACUUCCAGAGGGUAUUUCUGAGGCUUUGGGUGUGACCCGAGCUCAAGAAAAGGCAUGGUUGAAGCGUAACAAGCAAGCUCGUGUUGCCCAACAGGAGCCAGAUGCCACUAUCAACGAGGACUUUGUCAAGAGUCUUGAUGUGGAGGCUUUGAACGAGCACGAUGUCAAUAAAGCCAUGGCUGCUUUGAUGAAAGCUGAGGAUAGUAAUAUUGUUUCCAAGAUUAUUGAUCGUGUUUACUUGACUGAGGAUGCUAAGCUCAAUUCUAUCAUUGUGCGUCUUCACGGUUACAAAACGCUCUCGCAGAUAUUAAAGGAGAACUCAGAGGUUGAUGAGUUGACGAGGAAAGUCCUUCUGAUCUUGAGAAGGUGGCCAUCUAUGACCAGAAACAAGAUUGAGCUGUCUCAAAUAGAAGACGUGGUGAAGAAGAUUGUUUCCAACACCGACAACUCUGAGAUUCGUGAACUAGGUUCCGACCUUCUUGCCGAUUGGAGCAAGUUAGAAAUGGCAUACAGAAUCCCCAAGAACAGAGACGGCUCGGCAAAGACAGAAAAGGUGGCCCGCGGAUCCAUGUCUCCAUUGUAUGGAAGAACCGUCCGUUCGGCCUCUCCAACUUGGGGUUACGAGGAUGUUACUGAACCUACCACCAACGAUUCUCCUCCUAGUGAAGCUCCAGAUGAUGAUGAGCUUCCUCCAGGCUGGCAAAAGGCUGUUGAUCCAAACACCAACACCGUGUACUAUUAUCAUUCCGAGUUGGGUAUUUCCAAAUGGGAAAGACCUACCAUUGCUGUGCCCAAGGGACCAUCUAUUCCUAAAGGACCCAAACAGAAACAGAACAAACAGCAAAAACAGCAGGAGCAACAGUCUAAGCAAAAGCAGAAGAACGGAAAGCCAAACCAGCGAGAGGGCGACUACUCUUCUGUUGAAGAAAGCAAACUUCAAAAGCUCAAGGAAGAGCAGUUCAACGAGAUGCGCCAAAGAGAGAAGCUCCUCCAGGAUCUCAUUGUACAAUCACAACAAGAAGCAGAAGAAAAGAAAAGGCUUGCUGAGCAGGCCAAAAAGGAUAAACUUGACAAACUCAAGCAAAGGCGAAAGCAGAAGGAAUUGGCCUGGGCCAAGUCUAGGACGCCGCCAGUUAAAGAUGAAUCUGUUGAGGUGCUCUGGACCAGAACAUUGGCCAGAUACAUCCCCAACAUGGUCAAGAAGCAUGAGGCCGAAAUCGGGCAUGAGAAUGUGAAAGGGUGUGCCAGAGAUUUGGUAAAGAUCUUGGCCAGCAAAGAGGCUAAGAAAGAGACGGCACCACCCAAAGAGCUCGAUAACGCCAAACUCAAAAAACUCAAAGAGUUCACCGGCAGUUUCAUGGAGAAGUUUUUGAUUAAGUUCAGAAGCAAACGGCCACGGACAGAUAACAACAGCAGUAAUGGCCAGAAAGACAAGACGACAACUACGUGA